CAACGUCCGCCCCAUCCUUUUCGCGCCAGCAACUGAAAAUUAAAAUAAAAUCAGGUUUUCCCGUCAGUUUCCCACUCCACAUCUUUACUCCGUAAACGCACAUUCAAACUCUUACCAUACAUGCUCCACCACCGCCAUGACAACCGCCGCCACAUCAUCCCAAAUCCUCCACCAAAUCUCCUCCUUUCUCUCUGAAGCCCUCUCCCAACCCGACCUCCGCCGCCAUCUUUUCUCCAUUCUCCGAAACGGAACCUCCCCUUCCAACAAAACCACCUCUGUUAAACCCUUAAAUCUAGCCUUAGAAACUCUUGAGAAAGCCCUUUCCGCUACAAACCCUUUUGUUCAAUCCUCCUCACUCCGCCUCGCAGAAAGUCUCCUCCUCUCAUACCCUGAAACCCCAUUCUCUUCUUUCCUUCUCUCCCUUCUUUAUAGCCUUACACAACAACCCACUAAUGCCUCCAUUAGCCUCCUGAACAUCUUCUAUUUAGAUCCUUUAUUAGCACGGUCCGAGAUAGCUCCUCUCAUUUUCCAGGAACUGUUUUUAGUGCAUCUUUUACCAGUUCUCGAUUGGUUUAAUGAACAAAGAUCAAGAAUAUCAUCAGCUUCUUUCUCAAUGAACAUGAGCUACGAUGACAGAGAUGAAGAUUCGGCUUGUGAUGUCUCUAUUAUUCUUCCUAGCUCGAAACUGUUGUCAAAAAUGAGUGGAGGGCAAGCGUUGGAAUUCAGGGAAUUAGAAGGUAGUUAUGAUGAUGUGCUUGAUGAGAAUUGCAGAGUUUAUGCACAAUACUUUAAGGAGAUUUUAAAGAACAAUGACGAAAAUAGAGUAAUUACACCACCAUCGUUAAUCUUGAAGGAGACAGGGAAAGUUGAUAAAUUGAAUGGCAGCGAAGAUAAAAUGAUCAAAACAGAGGAACUCGGAUUAAAGAAUGGACGGUAUAAUCCAAUAUGGGCUGAUGGAGAAAGAUCAGUUGAAUUCUUUAGUUUCGGUGGCAGCAGCAGAUCCAAGUUUCCCCCCUCAUCAAAUCCUCGAAGAGUAUCUGCAAAAACUCUCAAAAAUCAUUACUCUAGGGCACUGACAACAUCGCCAGCUGUAAUUUCUGAUUCUGAAUUGGAGUCUUCUCUGGAUGACAAUAUGGUUAAUUCUUCUUCUUCAGAAUCUGAAGCCGAACUUGAGGUAAAAGAUAGAAAAUUGCCAUUGUUUCAGCAUAGACAAAGACAAACCCAGAAGCAAAAACAGCCUAUAAUUGCUGAUUCUAGUAGUUCUACAGAUCAUGUAAUGGGAGAUAUAGAUAACCAUCCAGGUGCCGGAAAACAUACACCUCCUAAGGACUUUGUCUGUCCGAUUACAAGCCAUUUGCUCGAUGAUCCAGUGACUCUUGAAACAGGACAGACUUAUGAACGAAGGGCAAUUCAAGAGUGGAUAAGCAGAGGAAACUCAACAUGUCCAAUUACGCGACAGGCUUUGCAUAGCAACCAACUGCCCAAGACAAAUUAUGUACUCAAAAGACUUGUUGCAAGCUGGCGAGAACAGAAUCCUGAAUUCGCCUCAAACCAGUCUGAAACUGCACCACAGAAGACUGAGCCAAACUUCAAAUCAACAAUAAUUUCUCCAGUUACUUCUCCUAAUAGUGUAAUUAGUCAAUCUGCGAUUGAUAGCACAAUGAGUGAGCUGCGACAGGCCAUUACCGAUCUUUGUAUGUCAGAAAUUCUAAGCGAGUCUGAAAUGGCAGUCCUUCGAAUUGAGCAAUUCUGGCAGGAACUUAAUAUGGACCUUGAUGUUCAAAGUAUGCUUUCAAAACCUCCAGUUAUUAAUGGUUUUGUGGAGAUCCUUUUCAAUUCUCUCGAUCCACAGGUGUUGAAAGCGACAGUUUUUCUUUUGUCUGAAUUGGGGUCGAGGGAUAAAGGUGUGGUCCAGACACUAACAAGAGUUGAAUCUGAUGUAGAAUGCAUUGUGGCUCUUUUCAAGAAUGGUUUAUGGGAGGCUGUUGUACUGAUAUAUCUGUUAAGACCUUCUACAAUGAGUCUACUAGAGAUGGACUUGGUGGAAUCUCUCUUAACAGUCAUUAAGAAGAAAGAAGAUAUGCUCAAGAUGUGUUUGAAGCCCAAAACAGCUGCUGUGCUCCUACUUGGACAAAUCCUCAGCAGUAGUGAAGAAAGUAUUGUUAUUUCAAUCGUCAAUGCCAUUGUUUCAACCAAAGUAAUCAAAAGUAUUGCUGGCUGUUUGGAAGCCGAGUGCGCAGAGGAGCGAAUCGCUGCAGUUGGGAUCUUAUCAAGAUGCAUGCAAGAACAUGGGAAAUGUAGAAACACAAUAUCUGCUAAAGCUGAAUUGGCUCCAGUUUUGGAUAGCUUCUUGAGCGCAACUGAUGGAGAACGAUUUGAGAUAGUUCUCUUCUUUUCUGAAUUAGUCAAAUUGAACAGGAGGACAUUAAGUGAACAAGUUCUUCACAUUAUUAAGGAUGAAGGUCCUGUAAGUACAAUGCACAGCCUUGUUAGUUUUUUGCAGACAGCUCUUCAAGAUCAAUGUCCUGUUGUGGCUGGUCUCUUACUCCAGCUUGAUCUUCUGGCUGAGCCGAGAAAGAUGAGCAUUUACCGAGAGGAGGCGAUAGAUACCCUCAUUUCAUGCCUCAGAAAAUCUGAAUUUACUGCUGCUCAAAUUGCAGCUGCAGAUACCAUUGUGUCAUUGCAAGGAAGGUUCACUGCCUCCGGGAAGUCUCUUAGUAGAGCAAUUCUUCUGAAACGUGCUGGACUUAGCAAAAGUUACAGAAAUCUUACACGCAUGGAGAAGCUAGGCAAUCUGUCAGGAGAAAUUGAAGAAACAUCGGAAGAAGAGCAGGCAGCUGAAAAUUGGGAAAGAAAAAUGGCAUUUGCUCUAAUAAGCCAUGAGUUUGGUUUAAUCUUUGAGGCUUUAGCGGAAGGUUUAAAGAGCAGAAAUGCAGAUUUACGUUCAGCGUGCUUUGUGUCCGCAACAUGGCUCGUACAUAUGCUUGGUGUUCUUCCAGACACAGGGAUACGAGGAGCAGCCCGAGUUUGUUUGCUCAAAUGCUUCAUCACAAUUUUCAAGUCGGCAAAGGACACAGAAGACAAAGUCCUUGCAUUGCUUGCUCUAAAAAGCUUCAUAAAUGACCCUGAGGGGCUCCGAGAUCUCACUUCCUACAUGAGGGAUAUUAAGAAGGGUCUGAGAGAACUUAAGAAAUCCUCUCCCUUGGCACUUGAAAUUCUGAAAAUACUGUCUGAGGGACACGAGUCCAGUGCUGAAUUGUGGAAUCAUGAACAACUCGCUCAAGCAGAUUGCACUGAGAAUGGAGAAGUGCUUUCUGUUACUUGCUUCAAAGACAAAAUAUUUUCUGGCCAUUCAGAUGGAACCAUAAAGAUUUGGACUGGUAGAGGCAGUGUUCUUCAUCUCAUCCAAGAAAUUAAAGAGCAUACCAAGGCAGUCACUAGCUUGGUAGUUUUACAAUCAGGAGAAAGACUGUAUAGUGGUUCACUUGAUAGAACUGCAAGGGUCUGGUCCAUUGGCAAUGAAGAACUGCAUUGUGUACAAAUACAUGAUAUGAAGGACCAGGUUCAGAGUCUAGUAGUAGCCAAUAGCAUUUCCUGCUUCAUUCCGCAGGGUGCUGGUGUUAAGGUUCACUCAUGGAAUGGAGGAUCCAAAUUGUUGAAUUCGAAUAAAUAUGUCAAGUGCUUAACUCUUAUACAAGGAAAGCUAUACUGUGGAUGUCAUGAUAGUAGCAUUCAGGAAAUUGAUUUGGCAACAGGAACACUCGUUACCAUUCAACAUGGAUCAAGAAAAUUAUUAGGAAAAGCAAAUCCCAUACAUGCAUUGCAAGUUGGCAAUGGACUGAUAUAUGCAGCCAGCUCUGCCUUAGAUGGAGCAGCUGUUAAGAUUUGGAAUGCUUCAAAUUAUGGCCCGGCUGGCUCUCUGCCAACUACGCUGGAAGUAAGAGCCAUUGCAGUAAGCUCCGAGCUAAUCUAUUUAGGGUCUAAAGGAGGAAAUGUAGAAAUUUGGGAUCAGAAAAAGCUAAGCAUAAUUGAAACUCUACAAACUGGCACAGAAGGGGCUAGGAUUCUUUGCAUGGCUCUUGAUAGUAAUGAAGAGAUGUUAGUCAUUGGAACUUCAGAUGGUCGAAUUCAGGCAUGGGGACUGAGUUAGCCAUUCAGGACGUUGAAAGAAAUUCUUUAUUUUACUAUUAUUCUUUGGAAGAAGAGAGGAGAGAUUAUUAUUGUUAUUAUUUUUUAAUUGAGAUUCAUUUGCACCCUUUAUAUAACAAAACUCCGUUGAAAUUGUAUAUAUCUGAAACUGAAACAAUGGAAAAGGAUUCUUCCGCCUGAGGCAGCUUUUGAACU